AUGGCAUCCCUAGUCUCCUGGGUCCCCUUCUGGCCACCCCUCCGGCUCUCCAUCUUCCUGCUGGCCAUCAUGACCUUCUCCAUCAUCCUCCACUGGAGGGGCUGGUUCCCUGCCAGUGGACAGAGGCUCCCCUCCUCCAAUGCCAUGGGGCAGCCCCCAGCCAUGGCUCCCAUCCUGCCCCCCACCACACCCCCCGCCACGGGGCGCGGCAUGUGGACCGUGAACUCCGACGGGCGCCAGGGGAACCAGAUGGGUCAAUACGCCACCCUCUACGCCCUGGCCAAGAUGAACGGGCGCCAGGCCUACAUCCUCCCGGAGAUGCACGAGAAGCUGGCGCCGCUCUUCCGCAUCACCCUGCCCGUGCUCUCCAGCGAUGUGGUCCGGAGCGUCCCGUGGAGGAACUAUUGGAUCCACAAUUGGAUGUCGGAGGAGUACAGGCACAUCGAGGGGAAAUACGUCCGGCUCACGGGCUACCCCUGCUCCUGGACCAUCUACCACCACCUCCGGCAGGAGCUCCUCCAGGAAUUCUCCUUCCACGACCACAUCAAGGAGGAGGCCAACCGGUACCUGGCCGGGCUGCGUGGGCAGCGCCGGAACGUGACCUACGUGGGCGUCCACGUCCGGAGGGGGGACUACAUCCAGGUGCUGACCCAGGUCCGAAAGGGGGUGGUGGCGGACAAGGCCUACCUGGAGAAGGCCAUGGGCUACUUCCGGGCCAAGUACCAGGAGCCGGUCUUCGUGGUGACCAGCAACGGGAUGGAGUGGUGCCGGGAGAACAUCGACGCCUCGCGGGGGGACGUGUAUUUCUCGGGGGACGGGAAGGAGUCGUCGCCGGGGAGGGACUUUGCUCUCUUGGUCCAUUGCAACCACACGAUCAUGACCGUCGGGACCUUUGGCAUCUGGGCCAGUUAUCUCGCUGGGGGGGAGACCAUCUAUUUGGCCAACUACAUUCUCCCCAAUUCCCCCUUCCUCCGGGUCUUCAAGCCUGCGGCCGUCUACCUGCCCGAGUGGAUUGGGAUUGAUGCCGAUCUCUCCCCACUGCUGAAUGGGAGCUAUAAAAAUAAUAAAUAACAAAUGGAAGAAAGGGGCAAUGGAUAGUAAUAUAUAUAAAUCAGAAACUGGGGAUUGUAGAAAAUUGAUAAGGGAAGCAAAGGGACGCAUGACGACAUCUAUGGCAAGCAAAGUUAAAGACCAUACCGUGGUUUUUUUUAAAUGUAUAUUAGGAACAAAAAAGAAUCCUGAGACUGGCAUUGAUCCCUUUUAGAUGGAAA